AUGCUGGAAGCCGAGGCACAGGAUGCCCCCUGCAUGGGGUCUGGUGCCGCUGCUCCCUCUGACUCCCCGUGCUUCCCCGGAGAGCCGGCUUACCUCGGAGCCAGAGCCUGUCAGGACACUGCCAUCAGACUCCCCCACCCCCAGGGCCACAGGGAUGCUGAUAUGGGGGCAUGCUGGACCCCAAAUCUUUGUCAAACAGCAGGGAGCUUUUCCUUCCCCAGGGACCACAGGGAUGCUGAGAUUGGGGGCGUGCUGGACCCCAAAUCUUUGUCAAACAGCGGGGACCUUUCCUUCCCAAGGACUUAUGGGCCCCUUCAGCUGGCAACGGCGAUACAAAUUAAAUUCUUGUAA